ACCUGCAAAUAAAAUAAGACAUUAUCUAACCAUUUAGGCUUCACCCCUUCUACAAGAACAAAAAACAUCCCGAAUAUGAUACUGUUAGUAUAUAUAAGUUUUUGUGACGCAAAUAGGUAACAGACUAACACCGGCCAAAAAAAUGAAAAUAGCUGGGUUUUUUUUCAAUAAUAGUUAGAAUGAACAAAAAUCAAAUGGUUGGUUUUUUGAUACGUAAUAUCAUUUAACGAGAAAAAUAUUUAGCAAGUAUAAAAAGCCGCAGAUUAUAGAGACGACAGGAAUAAAGCCUUGAAUAAAGCCCAUACUGAUAUAUCAGUUCAAUGUUUCCUCAUGUUCGUUACUUUUAAGCGUUCUAUAAACUUAAUCGUGUUAAACUCAUUACACUCGAGAGAAUUCACUUUCGCGGGCAGAAAAUUGAAGGGCUUUUCUCAUGCAAAAAAAAAAAAAUUCAAAAUGAAAAUUUCGCAAAUAUAGCUGUUUUUUAAAAUAAAUAAUAACAUGCUUUCGAAGGUGCGGCGAAAUUUCGUUACUUCGCGCAAGUAAUACAGCACAAACAGCUCAACGAAAUCAUGUUUAUUUAGCAAAUGGUUACUUGCUUAUCUGAACAUCAUACAGAAAUAACAACCAGUUGCUCAUUAUAAACUGUUAAAAAUAUACAGAACAUGCAGAAAGAAUUAGAUGAAAUGUUAUCAUACGGUAAAUGUAGAAAAUCUAGCAUAAAAAUCACGCGAAUUGGAUUAAGAAAGACAGUAAACAAAAAAGAUGCUAGGCGGAUUGAUAUUCUUCGUUAGUUUCUAUUAUACACAAGCCACCAUUGAGACAGUAUUUAAAGAAAAGCUUUUGGAUAUUGAAUGUGGCAUUUACCACGGAAACAUGCACAGUGGCCACAAAACAAACAAUGAAAACUACAACAUCCUGCAAGAGCAACAUAAAAAUCCCAACCACCUGGAUUUAGACAAGACGUUAGUAAACAAACAUUGGCCUUGGCAGGUUAUCAUUAAAGACAGUGGCGAAUUUAUAUGUAACGGUCUGCUGAUCAAAAAAAGCUGGGUACUAACAACAGCCUCGUGUCUAGAAAAAGCAGUGAAGCUUGAAAUAGAGAUCGAAGAUGAAACCUAUAAAACACAAUCAAUCUUUCAACACAGCGGCUUCGAUGCAUCGAGAACAAGAAAAUUAGUGGGCGAUGUAGGUUUGAUAAAACUAAGCACGCCAGUACCUGUCGAAGUGAAGGACACGAUUACACCUGUAUGUUUGCCCCGCUCCAAAUCACAAAUGAAACAAACCACAGAAUGUGUUGUGUCAUUUUUGUCGAAAGGGAAAAAUGGAACGCAAUCACAUGCAUCUGCAGGAAAACUUCUCAAAAAUUCAGACUGUAAAAACUUCGCAUCCAAAGUAGAUGGCAGCACAGGUCCGCUGAUGUGCAUCGGGACCACAGAUAAAAUGCGCGAUGAUUGUAGCGACGCUCCCAUCAUGUUUUUCACGUGUAAAGCGUCUGGAUUCUGGUCGGUGUUUGGAUUAAGUAAAUUUUGCAGUUUAGCGAAAACACCUACUUAUAAGUAUAGCUACGCUUAUUUCGUUGAACUUUUGAAAUAUUUGGACUGGAUAAAAGAAACGAUUAAAAAGAAUCACGGUCCACUGGAACAAAUAAAUUGAUGCAACACCAACGACUUGUUUGUCUUGUUAUAAAAACACCCAGGACUAAACGUAGCGGUUGCGCGCAAUGCUUUAUAUAUUUCAUAAGGAGAAGAUAAAGCGAGAGAAAUUUGCCAAAGUAAAAAACCCACGAA